CGAGGCGUUGUUUACAUCAGGAAACCGGAAACGACUCGAAGCCUCGUGGCUAAGGCGUGUUGCUGCAUGGUGGAUUCUAUUCGGAGGUGAAAACGGGAAGUUUUGGGUUCAAACCCGACUUUUUAUGUCUAACGGAACCUGCGUGAAGACCCGUGAACGUGUCCCUGCAGAGUGCACCCAGAUGUCUCUGCAGGGGGCCCUCAGGAGGAGCUUCGUGGCUCUCCACAGUCAGCGGGCGGUGUGGAGGAGCGUGCUGGAGGAGUGCGACCCCCUCAUGGAGUCUCUAGGGAACCUGGGGGAGCAGAUGAGGGCUCUGUCCCGGGUCCGGGUCUCCGACACACCGCUCAGGGUGUUCCCGGAGCUCCAGGAGCGGCUGCAGUUCCAGCUGCUGCAGGCUGCAGACCUCCUGCUGCAGAGACUCAGGAGCAGGAUGUCACAUCUGCAGUCCGUCAGAGACGCCAUCAGUAACCAAGUGUCUGCUGUUCUGCAGCUGUACGAGGACGCUGCAGAUAGUUUAGAUCUGGCAGCAGUGACGCAGCGAUGCUCCGUCAUCCCUUCGCUCGCUGACAUGUUGGCGUGGCUUCAGGACGCUGAGCGUUUCUACAAACAGCAAUUUCUGCAGAGGAAGACUCUGCUGCAGACGCUGACACUGGACGACCUCUCGCAGCUGGAGUCUGUUUUCAAGAGAUGGAAAAUCUUGGAAUCCCCCGAUUCAGAACAAGAAAUUACAGACUCCCUCUGCAGACUGUCCUUCUUCAUGGAGUCCCAGAGAUGACUGUCUUCUCAGGAGGAGAAGCCCUAAUCUGACCUCAGAUCUGUUACCAGACUUUAAACUCUAAUCAUUCCAAACAGACUGCAGAAAGAUGAAGGACUCAGACUGACUCGUUUCAUCCAACCCAGAAAAAAGAACAGUUGUCGACUCACUUCAGCGACUUUAUUUGACAAACUGCACAGCACACGCUAACAUGUCAGUGAACGCAGUGUGCUCUGCAUCUCUGAGGAACUCAACACAAAGCAAAUCAAACUUCAGGUGUCAGCAAAUAUGUGCGUUCACUGUGUUAAUACUUGAAUAUGAUCAGGAAACACUCUGAACCUUCUCCCAGUCCAUUUCCUCCCGUCCUACACGUACUCCUUCAGUGGCAGGUUGUUGGAGGUGAUGGGUUUGGGUGGCUCCGGUGCCGGUGAGUUGGCAAAGCUCCGGCCGAUGUAUCCCCGCCGGUAGCGACCGCCCCUCUCCAUGAGCGGGCAGGUGCUGCUGAGGACGGCGCCGCUGAUCAUCAGGAUGACGGCGGCGGCCCAGCCCAGGUAGAUGGCCUGGCCCAGUUCCCGUUUGUGCAUGAUGGGCACGUUGGGGUUGUAGAAGUCCUGGACGACGGUGUUGGCGGUCCAGGAGACCGGGAUCAGGAUGCACAGUCCUGUCAGGAUAAAGAGGAUGCCGCCUGCGAGGGCGAUGCCCGCCUUGGCGCGGCGGUCGUCGCCAGCACAGGUGGUGCACUUCAUGCCGCAGCAGGACACGGUGCAGGAGAGCCAGCCCAUGAAGAUGGCGACGCACAUGAGGGCGCGGGCGGCCUGGAUGUCGGGUGGCAGAGCCAGCAUGGAGUCGUAGGUCUUGCACUGCAUGUGACCCGUAGUCUGGUAGAUGCAGUUCAUCCAGAUCCCCUCCCACUUUAUCUCCGAGGUCAGGAUGUUGCUGCCGAUAAAAGCCGACACCUUCCACUGCGGCAGAGCCGUGACGGCGAUGGCCAUGAUCCAGCCCGUCACAGCGCAGGUGAAGCUGAUCAGCUGCAUUCCUGUGUUCACCAUGGCUGCGGUCU